CGGCGCCGCGGCCGCUUCUCGUCGCCGAGCUGCUGCCGCCGCCGGGCGGACGGGCGGACGCGCGGAGCUGGGGGGCGGCGCGGCGAGGCCGGCGGGACGCGGCGGGGCUGACCGGCCCCGAUGAGGCGGAAGGAGAAGCGGCUUCUGCAGGCGGUGGCGCUGGUGCUGGCGGCCCUGGUCCUUCUGCCCAACGUGGGGCUCUGGGCGCUGUACCGCGAACGGCAGCCCGACGGCACCCCCGGGGGAGCCGGGGCGGCGGUGCCCCCUGCGGCCGGACCGGGAUCACACAAUCAGCCAAAGAAGAUAUUUUUCUUGGGAGAUGGGCAAAAGCUGAAGGACUGGCACGACAAAGAAGCCAUCAGGAGGGAUGCUCAGCGCGUAGGAAAUGGAGAGCAGGGGCGACCUUACCCCAUGACCGACGCAGACAGAGUGGAUCAGGCGUACCGAGAAAAUGGGUUUAACAUCUACGUCAGUGAUAAAAUCUCCCUGAACCGCUCUCUCCCUGAUAUCCGACACCCAAACUGCAACAGCAAACGCUACCUGGAGACGCUCCCCAACACCAGCAUCAUCAUCCCCUUCCACAACGAGGGCUGGUCCUCCCUGCUCCGCACCGUCCACAGCGUGCUGAACCGCUCGCCCCCGGAGCUGAUCGCCGAGAUCGUGCUGGUUGAUGACUUCAGUGAUCGAGAGCACCUGAAGAAGCCACUUGAAGACUACAUGGCCCAUUACCCCAGCGUGAGGAUUCUCCGAACCAAGAAACGGGAAGGGCUGAUAAGGACCCGGAUGCUGGGCGCCUCAGCAGCAACCGGGGAUGUCAUCACAUUCUUGGACUCACACUGUGAAGCCAAUGUCAACUGGCUCCCCCCCUUGCUCGACCGCAUUGCUCGGAACCGAAAGACCAUCGUGUGCCCGAUGAUUGAUGUGAUUGACCACGACGACUUUCGGUACGAGACCCAGGCCGGGGAUGCCAUGCGGGGCGCCUUUGACUGGGAGAUGUACUAUAAAAGGAUCCCAAUCCCUCCAGAGCUGCAGAAAGCUGACCCCAGCGACCCGUUUGAGUCUCCCGUGAUGGCUGGUGGACUGUUUGCUGUGGAUCGGAAGUGGUUCUGGGAGCUGGGCGGGUACGACCCAGGCCUGGAGAUCUGGGGAGGGGAGCAGUAUGAAAUCUCAUUCAAGGUGUGGAUGUGUGGGGGCCGCAUGGAGGACAUCCCCUGCUCCAGGGUGGGCCAUAUCUACAGGAAGUAUGUACCCUACAAGGUCCCUGCUGGAGUCAGCCUGGCCCGGAACCUGAAGCGAGUGGCGGAAGUGUGGAUGGACGAGUACGCCGAGCACAUCUACCAGCGCCGGCCAGAGUACCGCCACCUCUCCGCUGGGGACGUCGCUGCCCAGAAAAAGCUCCGCAGCUCCCUGAACUGCAAGAGUUUCAAGUGGUUUAUGACCAAGAUCGCCUGGGACCUGCCCAAAUUCUACCCGCCUGUGGAGCCCCCAGCGGCAGCUUGGGGGGAGAUUCGCAAUGUGGGUACAGGACUGUGUGCAGACACAAAGCACGGGGCCCUGGGCUCCCCACUGAGGCUGGAGAACUGCGUCCGGGGCCGCGGCGAGGCUGCCUGGAACAACAUGCAGGUGUUCUCCUUUACUUGGAGAGAGGACAUCCGGCCUGGAGACCCCCAGCACACCAAGAAGCUCUGCCUCGAUGCCACCUCCCACACCAGCCCAGUCACCCUCUAUGACUGCCACAGCAUGAAGGGCAACCAGCUGUGGAAGUACCGCAAAGACAAGACCCUGUACCAUCCCAUCAGUGGCAGCUGCAUGGACUGCAGUGACAGUGACCACAGGAUCUUCAUGAACACCUGCAGCCCCUCCUCACCCACCCAGCAGUGGCUGUUUGAACACACCAACUCCACAGUGUUGGAAAAAUUCAACAGGAACUGAGCGCACACAUCCCCUCGGCAGGCCUGGGGGCCCUCCCUGGCACUCACUGCAGCUGUCCUCUCUCGAGGGAGGCAGGGCUUCCGUGGGUACCAUGAUGUAAAGGUGCUGGCCAACUGGUUUGGGAUAGGGGGCUCUUGCAGCUGGUGCAGAGUGUCUACCUGGUCCUUGAUGCCCUGACAUGUGGAGGUAGUGUGGAGAGCAGACCCCACAAGAGGCCCCACGAGAACGCAGAGCCCACUUUAACCCCUGAUGGCAUCUUGGAAAUCUGGGAGGGCCUUUGCAACUUUGUCACCGUGUUCCCUUGAGCAUUAUGUCGGAGAGAUGCCAGGGCCACCCUAGGCCACCCAAAGCUGAGUCCUGCAAGGUCACCAAGCCUUCCGAUGGCUCGUGCAUAAUGGUCCUUUAGAAAGGGAGGCAAAUUUUGCCUGUUAGGGGCAGCUUUUAGCACCAUUGCCACCUGUUUGCAGAAGAGAAGGAGGAAAGUCUUUCCCAGGCCGCUGGUUUCAGCCUUUUAGUGCUUGCCUGUCAUGGGGGUAACCGCAGUUACCAUCCAGUUUCUGUUCCCUGUCACAGCCCCAGGUGAUGCAGCCAAAGGCCAUGCCUGGGGCCCUCGAGUGUUCAGUACUGAACCCUGGCCAGCUGCCAGGCCUGGGGUCAGAAGCUGGACCUGCAGACAUUCCUCCGCAGCCGUGGACACACAGGGUGUCUCCCCUUGCUCUCUGGGUACUUGAAAUGCCCAUUUUAGGGCUCUCCAGGCACAAGGUCUGCCCAGCCACCAGCUUUUCAGGACUGUGUUUCAGAUGGCCUUGGGCCCGUGGAAAAGGCCUAGUAGAGGAUCUCCAAACAAGAAAUUCUAGCCGAGCUGAAUUUCCCAGUCAGUGCUUCCAUUCUCUCUCCCUCUCCCUCUCCCUCUCCCUCUUACCUGCCUCAGGAGAGGAACAGGUGUGACGUGCUCACCUCACACAGUCUGGAGGCCUCCUGGGUGGACCAUGGCCGUGAUAACUAGCCUCUGACCUCAUCAUGGUCCCAGUUCUCAUACAGAACUGCAGUAUCUUUAAAGAACUCUGUAAUCGGAUCACAAACUAGAAUGCUGCAUAGGAUUCUGGUAUUCUGGCAUCCAAUAUGGAUUUCUAGAAUGUUGUGCUUAAAGGUGCCAGCCACAUGUAAUACAAUCAAGGCAGCCCCCAUCCCGGAGACAGUCUCUGAAAUCUCAGGCUGGUGGUGUUGGGGGAGGAGGGGGCUGUGUCCAUCGGCUCCUGCCAGAAGCCUUGGCAGGACAUGGUCCUCAGUGCAGACCCGAAGCCCUGCAACCUCCCACCACCAUCACAGCUGCAGAGGUAAAAAGAACCCAAUAUCCCAGGAACAGGUGCAUACCCAGCUCUGUGCCAGUCCUGCCUGUUUACCUUUUGCUUUGUUAAUUACAUGUCAGAGUCCCAGAGGGCACCCAAACUAAUAGGAAGCACUUCUGUAACUAGCCUGCCACCCACUGAUUCAGAAAUGGAAAUUGCAUUCUACAACCUAUGGCUUCCACCAGCUAGCCAAGGAAAUCCUUGAAAUCAGGAUGCCAGUUAGAGUUGGGUCUCUCGAUUGUGUCAUUUACCAAUUACAUAACAGACAUAAAUCUGGGAACAGAGCCACGAAUCUGCCUAUGAGAUGCUGGCUGAUCUCAAGGCCAUCAGUGAUCUGGGGGUGAGAAACACUCCCCACCACAACCCCUCCAAUUUAGCGUGCAGCUGGCAAAGCAUCACUCCUACAAGCCCUGCUCUGGCCACCUGUCCGCAGGGAGGCAGCCCUGUGCUUUGCUUUGAGCCCUACUAUCUUUUCCAAAUGAGCGUUACGUCUUUAGAAGUGGCCCUCGACAGGAAGGACUCAAAAGCCAAGGCCCCUUCCAGAAUCUAAGAUAGCAAGAGCGUUGCAAUUUGGAGAGUCGAGUUAGGAUUCAUCAUCAGAGAGCAAUGCAGCAUCAUUAAAAUAAAAACUGUGCCUUUUUAAAAAGAAAAAAAAUGCAAAUGUACAGCAAAUCCCUAAACUUGAACCAUUUCCUAGUGCCUUUGCUGGACAAACAGAAAGGGGCGGGGUUGGGGGGAGGGGAACAUUUUUGGUGGUGUGUGCAGUUCCUACUGGAUGAGUGUGUGUUUAUUAAUGUCGAAUUUCAAGCAGGAGACGUUGAGCCUUAAGCAGGUUCUGAGGCGGAGAUGCCCCCCCAGGGCAGAGGUCAGAAUUUGUUCUAGUCAGUGUGACACUCAAGAUUCAAAGGGCAGCUGGACUAGAAGGGCCUCAGCAGCCCCUGGGAGAGGGCCCUGGCUGGAAGCCGUGCCUGCAGUCCCCCAGCCCAGCCCCCAGACACAGUGCAGAGCACUGGCUGGAUCUCCAAAUGGUCCCACUCCAAGUGGGCGGCAGUGUUCUCGGCACGACCAGGACUCACGUGGAAAGCAGGAGCAGCAGCAAGCGGUCCUCAGCCUUCCCCUCUCCUAUCCUUUGGGUCUCGUUUUGAGUCUGGUUUCACACCUUCAACAAGGGAUGAGCAGGUCCUCUGAGCACUCUGGCAUUUGUCAUUGCUAAGCCCACAUCUGUCGGUGCUGGCAGUUGACAAAGUAUGUAAGAGGGGAUGGAAGGAGACAUGUUCAUUGCUUAGCUGACUAACUGGCUGAUUGCAAAUACUGGCCACUCAUGGUUCUGGCCUCAUUUUUGAAAUCCAGUCUCAAGGAUUCAGGUUCCUGCUCACACCCCCAGCUGAUGCUCAAGUAACACAGCCACAAGGCUGUCAGCCAGAUGAGGGGUGAGACUGUGAGCCCCUUUUCCUCUAAAGCCUUCAUUCUGAGCAUGAGGUCACAAAAAAUAAUAAUAAUAAUGAAAGUGGCUACAAAGUAUGACCGUGUGGCCCACCAGGGGUCUGUCCAAAGGGGGACUCCAGAAACGUUUCAGAAUGGAAAGAGCACUUAACCACCUUUGGGGGUGACUAAAAGUGCAGGCACGUGUGUGAAAAGCUAUCCCACCUUAUGCCUCCAAUUGGAGCUCUCAACUCAUAACACAGUCCAAGAACUAUCGAUUCUCCCUGUUAGGAAGACAUAGCUCAGAGGCAGACGGGGAUACAUCUGGUGAAGAGAUCUGACGAGAGAUGUGACGUUUCUCCAGGGGAGAAAGCAGUUGUUAUUGAAGAUGGAUUCCGAAAGUCCACAUUAUAUUCACGUUUCAAACCUCCUACCUGUUAGGUUUGUUGUUGUUUUCUCUCUCUCCUUAACAAAUAAGUGAUGCCCUUGAAAAUGUCUCCAUAUUUGUUUCUGUGCAUCUCCAUUUCCUAGGCUCUGGAGUCUCAAAAGUGGCAAAGCACUUUACAGUAGUAACUGAGAAAUCUGGAGUUCUCGCUUCAAUGGUCCCUUGUUUGUACAGAUUGGGUGAUCUUUUAUAAUUCCUAGGAGGCAAUGAAUUUUUUAUAUUUCCUGAAGGUUUCUAAGCGUGGGAGAGGGGCACAGAAUGCAGUUCUGUUCUGGAAUUCUUUUCUGCUUUCAACUGAUCUUCUUUGUGAAAAUCCCAGUCACAUUUUAGUUUAAACUUGAGCCAAGGCCCAUUGCCACCUCUGGGAUGGGUAUUGGACCUACAUUCCAAGUGACAAGGUCCUCUUAACAUCCACUCCCAAAAUGGCUUUGAUUCAGCCAUGCCAGGUAACAGAGUUGAGCUCCUGUUCUAUUUAGGUUUGAAUACCUGGGGUCCCAAGGAGAUUACAGGGACCCCUUGAGAAGUCAGACUGGGAUUCCAUAGAGAAAGCUCAAGACCGCCAAACUCUCUUCUCCUGCCUGGAAAAGUGAGCCUUUGUGAAGAAGUGACUUAUAUGUACAAUUGUGAUUGUGAUUGUGGUUGAGUAAACCUCCAGACUUUCUCUAC